GACGGGGCGUGCUGGGUCGUCCUGACCCCAGACGGCGACAUGUACCUCGAAGAGCUAGAGGGCGGCUCGCCGGAGGACAGCCCCGUGGAGUGGCAGCUCGUGGCACGAGACCUGCGGCUGCCGCCAGGACUGGGCCGGUCCUACCGCUUCGGAGAGGACCAGCCCGGCGAGCUGCGGGGCCUGUACCGCCGGGCGUGCGCAGCCUCGACGGCCGACGCUCGCAGUCGCGGGCUGCAGCUGGCGACGCCCCAGGUGAUCCGCUCCCAGGAGGGCCGCGAUGUCUCGGUGGAGGCUGAGCUCGGGCGCAACUUCUUCGGCGGUCGGCGGGUGACUGGCAAGCAGGGGAUGCCUGCCGCUGGAGACGCGCUGGCGGCCGGGACGGACGUGCCUGGCGACCAGGUGGCGGACGGCGGCGACGCGCUGGCUGUCCCCGCGGUGCCCAACUCAGCGGGGGGCACCGUGACGCCUCCUCCGUCAGGGCACUUCUGGCGCGCCGCGGAGCCUGAUAGCUCGCGGCCCAUCGAGAUCGGCGACUGGGUUGGCACCCCGAGUCUGGCCUUGCACGACCGCGGGCUGUUCGAGGUGGCGCCUGGGCGGGCCAUCGUGGUGCGCCUCGCUGCCCUGGACAAGGGCGCCUUCGCGGCCUCCCUCAGGCGCGCUGCCUCGGUCGGCGAUGCCCCCGGCGGCGUUGCGGCCGCGACGGGCGACGCCCGCGCCCUCCCUGUGAGGCGCCACACCCCGACGGACCACCACCUGAUGUUCAAGACGACGGCCCGCCUCCAGAUGGAGCAAUGGAGAGUCCAGGAGCAUGAGCAGCUGAUGAAGUACCUCGAGCUGGCGGGCACCUACGACCAGCUCGACCUCAGCAACUGCGCCUUCGCGGAGGCGAUUCUCCGCCGGGCGCAGACCAUCGAUUGGGCUUAUCAUGAUCGGCUUCGAGAGGCAGACUCCGCGAGCUCGAAGGACAAGAUGAGCCCCGAGGAGUUCUCGGCGUUCAGUGGCUUCAGCAAGGCGGGCGACCUCCUCAUGGUGGCCCCUCAGCUGCUGGAGCAUGUCAAGACGCAGGUCGAGAAGGAUGCCGCCAUCAUGAAGAACAUUCGGAAAGCCAGAGAAGAACGAAAACUCCGCCGCAAGGGCCCCAAGGCAGGGGACAGCGGCGGAGGCGCCCUCAGAGGGCGCGGUGUGCCGCAGUGUGCGGCGGGGCUGCUUCGGCGUGACGCCAUCGUGCAGGAGUGCAAUCGCGUCAUCGGGGCCUUGAACGACCUGGCCGGGAGGCCCCAGGCGCCAGGCGCCCGGGGCCUGGCGGAGCGACUUCCCCAUCGGCUGGUGCACGAGCGCGUCCGCCGCGCCGCAGUCGAGCUGGGCCCGCCCCCACCCGACCUCACUCCCGCGGGGGCCCUCAGAGAGCUCCGCGGCGCCAGCGUGUACGAAGAUCUCGACUCGCCGGUGGUCAGCUUCGACGAUUCCCUCGUCUCGCUGCCGGAGGCCGGCAACAUCCCUGUGCCGCUCGGGCAGCUGCUCCAGGAUGAGGGCGAUUUCGAUGUCGAGGCCUCAAUACACGAGCAGCUUCUUCGAACUGAGGAGGCAGAAUCCAAUCUUCUGGCAGCCCCGAGGCAGCCGUACAAGGACACGAAUUUGAGAGGAGACCCGCGGGUGUACGCCCGCUUGGUCAAGCGGCUCGCCGACGCUGGGAUGGUGACCUACACGGACACGCCGCGCGAGAGGUGCGGCCUUUUCUUCGUCCGUAAGAAGUCUGGCAAGCAGCGCAUGGUGGUCGACUGCCGUCGAGCCAACUGUUGGUUUCAACGGUCUGCAUCUGUUGCGCUAGCCACCGGUUCUUCCCUUGGCGAGUUGUCCGUGCCCGAGGGCAAGGAGCUCUAUGUCGGGCACGUGGCUUUCCGGGGCUACUUCGCCCUGCCGUCCGUGAAGGCCGGGGACGUGGGGAUGGUGAGGCUUCGAGAGCGGCCGCUACAGCCUGGGAGUCGUGUCUGGCCGGUGCUGGCCGUGCUCCCGAUGGGCUGGUCGCACGCCUUGUACUGGUGCCAGACCAUCCACCGUUCCAUAGUCAGCUCGAUUCCCGAGCUGAGUGAUGUGCCUUUCAUUGCGGACAAGAGCGUAGUGCCGGGGCUGCAGCCGCUGGCAAUGAAUAUAUACGUUGACAUUUUUUUGGCCUUGGGCACCGAUCCCGAGGCGGUGCGGCGUGCCGUGACCUUAGUCAACGCGGCCUUGACACAGAAGGGUCUUCCAACUCAUGAGGUGUGCAUGUGCGAUCACGAUGCCGACAUUCUUGGCUGGGAGAUCCGGGGAAGAGAGUGCCAGAUUCGACCCAAAAGAUCAAGGCUGUGGCGACUUCGGCUGGCUCUUGACUGCCUGGUCAGCCGCCGUACCGUGGACCCGAGAGACGUCGAACAAGUGUUGGGACAUUGCACCUUUGUCGCCUUACUAUGUCGAGAGCACUUGUCCAUCUUCAAUUCCGUGUACUCGUUCGUGCGGAGGCUGCGCCAUUGUACCGCUGUACCCCUCUGGGAGUCAGUUCGCUGGGAGCUGAACGCGUUCUCGAGCCUUCUGGGGUUGAUCUCGCGAAGUAUGUUGGUUGCUUGGAGUCCGACGGUGGUGUGCAGUGACGCGUCGUUCUGGGGCUUCGGGCUGGUCAGCAAGGGCUUCAGUGAGGACCUCGCGGGCUCCGUGGGCGUUUUCUCGGAGAGGUGGCGGUUCUUGGAGGGCAACAACGUGCAGUCGAGGGCUUGGGCUGGAGUUGGCGAUGGGCCCCUUGAGAGCUCCAAAGAUUUCCAGGACAUCGUGGGCUCCGAGGAGGCCUGCAUCAACGUUCGCCAGUCGGCGGUCAGUCGGCUGCCUGAUGAGUUUCGGGAAGAGGGUUGGGCUGUCGUGGGCUCGCACAAGUGGGGGGGCCCGCCCGACAACAUCGUGGAGGGGGAGGCCCGGGCGCUGGCGUUCGGGGCCUCCGCCUCAGCGCCCGAUGGCUGCCCAGCGAGUGGAACUUCGCGGACGGUCCGUCGCGAGGGCUACGGCAUGCUGGAUAUGCCCGAGCAGGAGGCGGAGGCGCUGACGCGGAGGCGACCUCGGACGGGGGCGGUCGAUGCCAGGGAGCUGCCGCGGACGCGGGCUCUGAUGAGCCCGCCCGCUGCGACGGCGCCUCGGCUACGCCGCCUACUGGACGGUGUCGGGCCCACGGGCCCGGCUGGCUCCCCGCCGCCCUCGGACUCGACGAACCUGGAGACCUCGCAGGCCGUGAAGCGGAGGAAGCUGUCUCGGAGGUCUGCGAAGCUCACCGAAGAGGGCUCGCGGGACAUGUUGAGGAGGAGCACCGUGCGCACCCAGGCCGUCAGGACCCGAUGCCAGCAGCUGGACGACGAGUUCGACGAGUGGAUGGACGAGCAGGGCCUGCCGCGCCGGCCUCGCUUUUCGGUCGACCACGGGGAGGUGGGGCCGCUCUCGGCCUCGGACGCCGAGAGUAUCGACCUCGCGCUCGCCGAGUGGAUGCUGUCGCAGUACCUCGAGGGGGUCGACCACUGGGGCGGGGUGCAGAUGCUGGCGGCGCUGCAGUGGAGCGACCCGCGGCUCGGCCGCGACGGGUCGGCCUCGCUGCCGGCGGCGCGCCAGACGCUGCGCGGAUGGAGGGUGCUGACGCCCGCGCGGGCCAGGCUGCCGCUCCCCGAGGAGCUGGUGGCGGCCAUCGCGUGCGAGCUCGUCCUCAUGGGCCAGUGGGAGGCGGCCGCCUGCGCGGUGCUGUCCAUGGUGUUCUACAUGAGGCCCGGGGAGUGGGGGCGGGUGCUGGUGCGCCACGCCAUCCCGCCGCGGGCGGCGGGCAGCCUGGCCCUGCGGCACUGGGCGCUGCUGCUCCACCCGCACGAGGGCGAGGACGCGAAGGCCAGCAAGACCGCCGAGUUCGACGAGAGCUUGGUCCUCGACCUCGAUUGCGACCAGUGGCUGUCGGGGGUGCUCCAUCGCCUGGUGGCCGGCCGCAGCGGGGACGAGCCUCUCUUCCGCGUCGGCGUCGCGGAGUUCGCGGCGCUGUUCAGGCGGGCGGCGCGGCGGCUCGGGGUCAAACCCGAGCCCAUGCCGUACCUGCUCCGCCACACGGGCGCCAGCAGGGACUUCGUGAACCAACUGCGGCCGCUCCGCGAGGUGAAAAGGAGGGGGCGCUGGAAGACCGACACGUCGGUGCGGCCCUACGAGAAGGGCGGGCGUCUCAGCGAGCAGUUCGCCCGCCUCCCAGGACCGCUCCAGAGGCACGCCCUGCGGUGCCACAGCGGGCUCCCCGAG